AUGGGUGAGCACCUUGGGGCGCCCAAGGCGCGGGGGCACGUGGGCUCGGGGGGCUCGGGGGCCGGGGCGGAGCGAAGAUGCGUGUUCGCUUGGCAUGACUUCGGCUUGCAGGAUGAGAUUUCGCAGCAUUUUGCCAGUUUGGAGAUGAUGAACAAGGUGCGUCACUUCAUCUACGAUGACCAAGACACAACCUUCUUCAUUGCUCGCGAAUUGUCUGACAAGAAUGCAUUGCAGGUGGACAAGGAUGAUAGCAAGAAGACGGAGAAGGAGUACAGCAUUAUCACGGAGAAUGAAGUGGUCUUCUGCAGACAAGCCUGUGUUGCGAGCUUAUGA